AAGUCCGCGCGGGAGACACCAAGGACUUUGCGGCGCAUGCGCCAAGGUCUCUGCCCGGACUACGUCUCCCAGAGAGCUUGUUGGAGUAGAAGAGAACGAGAUCAAUCAGACAAGCUACGUGAACACUUCCGGGAUUCCAUUGGCUGAGGAAAAGGAAGUCCUCACGCUGACCGGUGCCUUUUUCUCUUCCUCGCAAUGGAAUUGUCUUUCCAGGCUGGUUAGUUUGACGAGAACUACACUCCCCAGUGGGCUUUGCGCAUAGUGGCGAGAGCUGUGUUCUUUCCAGAGGGCGGUAGGGUUCGCGCCGCAGGAGGCUGUGGGUGUUCUCCGCAGCCCGUUGCCCGCCGUGGGGAUGAUCCACGAAUUGCUCUUGGCGCUGAGCGGGUACCCAGGUGCCAUCUUCACCUGGAACAAGCGGAGCGGCCUCCAGGUGUCACAAGACUUUCCAUUUCUCCAUCCCAGUGAGACCAGUGUGCUGAAUCGCCUUUGUCGCCUUGGCACAGACUAUAUCCGCUUUACAGAGUUCAUUGAACAAUAUACAGGUCAUGUGCAACAGCAGGAUCACCAUCAAUCCCAGCCAGGCCAAAGUGGAUUACAUGGAAUUUAUUUGCGGGCCUUUUGCACAGGUCUGGACUCAAUCCUGCAACCAUAUCGCCAAGCACUGCUUGACUUGGAACAAGAGUUCCUUGCUGACCCUCAUCUUUCCAUAUCACAUGUCAAUUACUCCUUGGAUCAGUUCCAGCUUCUUUUUCCCUCAGUAAUGGUUGUUGUUGAACAGAUUAAGAGUCAAAAGAUUCAUGGCUGUCAGAUCUUGGAAACAGUCUACAAGUAUAGCUGUGGAGGUCUGCCUCCUGUACGCAGUGCAUUAGAAAAAAUUUUGGCUGUGUGCCAUGGGGUCAUGUACAAACAGCUUUCUGCCUGGAUGCUACAUGGCCUGCUCUUGGACCAACACGAAGAGUUCUUUAUUAAACAGGGUCCAUCUUCUGGUCUUGUCUCCACUCAGUUGGAAGAGGAAGAAGAGGACCUGGGUAUUGGAGGCCUGACUGGGAAGCAAUUACGAGAACUUCAGGAUCUGCGACUGAUUGAGGAAGAGAAUAUGCUUGCUCCUUCUCUGAAGCAGUUUUCCCUUCGAGUGGAGAUACUUCCUUCCUAUAUUCCAGUGAGGGUCGCUGAAAAAAUCCUGUUUGUAGGAGAGUCUGUGCAGAUGUUUGAGAAUCAGAAUGUCAAUCUGACCAGAAAAGGAUCUAUUUUAAAGAAUCAAGAAGAUACCUUUGCUGCAGAGCUGCAUCGCCUCAAGCAGCAACCUCUUUUCAGCCUUGUGGAUUUUGAACUGGUGGUGGACCGGAUACGCAGCACUGUUGCUGAGCAUCUGUGGAAGCUCAUGGUAGAAGAGUCAGAUUUACUGGGCCAACUAAAGAUCAUUAAAGAUUUUUACCUUCUGGGACGAGGAGAACUAUUCCAGGCCUUCAUUGACACAGCCCAGCAUAUGUUAAAGACACCACCCACUGCAGUAACUGAGCAUGAUGUUAAUGUGGCCUUCCAGCAGUCUGCCCACAAGGUAUUGUUAGAUGAUGACAACCUUCUCCCUCUGCUCCAUUUGACAAUUGAGUACCAUGGAAAGGAACAUAAAGAUGUCACUCAAGCACGAGAAGCACCUUCUCGAGACACCUCUCCCCGAGAAGCCCCUGCAUCAGGCUGGGCAGCCUUGGGUCUUUCCUACAAAGUGCAGUGGCCUCUCCAUAUUCUCUUCACUCCUGCUGUCCUGGAGAAGUACAAUGUUGUCUUCAAGUACUUACUCAGCGUGCGACGAGUGCAGGCAGAACUGCAGCACUGCUGGGCUCUCCAGAUGCAGCGCAAGCAUCUCAAGUCCAACCAGAGUGACGCUAUUAAGUGGCGCCUGCGGAACCACAUGGCCUUUUUGGUGGAUAAUCUUCAAUAUUAUCUCCAGGUGGAUGUGCUGGAGUCCCAAUUCUCCCAGCUCCUCCAUCAGAUUAACUCCACUAGGGAUUUUGAGAGCAUCCAGUUGGCUCAUGACCACUUUCUGAGCAACUUGCUGGCUCAGUCAUUCAUCUUGCUGAAACCUGUAUUCCACUGCCUGAAUGAAAUCCUAGAUCUCUGUCAUAGUUUCUGUUCACUGGUCAGUCAAAAUCUGGGACCUCUAGAUGAGCGUGGGGCUGCCCAGCUGAGUAUCCUAGUGAAGGGUUUUAGCCGACAGUCUUCACUCCUCUUUAAGAUCCUUUCCAGUGUCCGGAAUCAUCAGAUAAACUCAGACUUGGCUCAACUACUGCUACGACUGGACUACAACAAGUAUUAUACUCAAGCUGGUGGGACUCUGGGCAGAGUCCAGUUACUUGGGAAUCAAUGCCGCUACAUGAUUACAGUGCAUGAAAAUGAGGACGAUGAAAUGGGAACUUUUGUCAUCAAAAUUCUUAAGGGGAUGAGAGUAAAGUUGGCAAAAAAGAAGAAAGGAGAAAGAAUAUGAAUGAGAACAAGAUCUGGCAAUAUUGGGAAGACAAAAAAAAAAAUGGGGCCCCAAAUGUCAAUGUCCCCUUUUCAGAACACAAAUUACCUACAGAAUAUCAAAUUAAAAUAUACAAACGACUUAAAAGUCUGUUAACAAACUAUAUCCCUGGCUUCAAAUGGACUUCUAUUUAAUUAGAAGGACAAACCCAUUUACUUCCUGACCUUUAUAUGAGCCUCUGCCCUAUUCAUUCUCCAAGUUAUAAAACGCAGCACUAAAUAUCAAACAAUGAAUCACAGUAUCUUUUCUGCUAAUAUGAUUCCCUUUAGACAACCUAGAGAUCUCCAGCAAAUCCUACUCUCCUUUAAAUUUUUCCCAUUUCUUUGAAUAUUGAGAGCUUAUCUAGGUCCUAUUGGAAAAUCCAAAUUUUGGCUAACAUCCAACUAAUUCUAACAUUGUACAGGGAAGUUUGGCUAAUGUUAAAUAUUCAAUAAAUUUUUUUUCAUUAAUUAGGUUCAGAGACACAUCACUGAAGUGCUAACAUAUUUGUUGGUUAUUAAUGGUGCUAUUUCUUAACGCUACUACCAUAUACAGUUUGCUCUUCCAAGAAAUCAGAAAUCUAGAGUGUUCAAAACAUCACAUUGAACAAAAAUUUGUACCUUAAUCAUAAUGGAGAGAUUAAUUUAUUUUUGCCAGUGUUCAUAUUUAAGUUCAUACUUGCCUUGUUUCCCUCUUAAGAGUCUUUAAGACUCAAGGCUUUCUCGAGGAAUGGAACAAAUCUUUCUCAUAACUAACUCCCCAUGAUGUUGUUAUAACUGUACAUUUAAUUUGUGGAGAGAAGAUGAAAACUGCUUACUGAAAGUAAUUGCUUAAAGUACUCAACAGAAGUACUCAACCUGCUAUAUAACCACAUACCCACCCUUCCAAAGUCCUCAGAAAGUCAAAGUCACCUUUAUUUCUUUCCACCAGUUUUGCUAUAUUUUUUCCUUGAAACUUUGGCUAGGAAAAAUGUCAGAAUAUUUAGAAAGAGGCAAAUUUUCUUUUCUCCAUUCCUUAAUUAAGGGUCAAUUUUCAUUUGUUUUAAAGCCUCUAUAUAUGACAAAAGGAACCAACCACAGGUCUUAUAAAGAGGUAGAGUAGUUAGAAAGAAUAUGAUAGAAGUGUGAAGCUCUGUAAGAAACUCCGAAUUUCCCUGAGAAAUGAGGACA